AAUCAUUGAACGAACUGUUAAUUAUUCUAAAUUUUUUAUAUUAUAAUAUUACAAAAUGACUGAGACGGAUGCUACCAAAAGGCCUUUGGAAAUGCCAGAGACUUUUCUUCCUUACUUGGAGAAAUACAGGAUUUAUAAAAUAUUUAAGGACAUGGUACAGGAUCUGGUGGUGAAUUUGCCCAGAGACCAUUUGAAACAUAUGAAAGUAUUUCUCAAUCGCCAUCUUCAUUGUAGCAAGGACGUCGAUAGAGUAAUAUUGUUGGUGUCUCCAGCUUUGAAUAUUGAUGUUAGAAGAUUAGCAAGAGAUUUAAUAAAAGAACUUGGUUUUUUCGUAAUAACUCGUAAUUGCGUGAUGGAUCGCUAUGAGAAGCACGACGAUUACGUGCCUGGCUGUGUUUCUCCAUCCUUGCUUUCGAAAGUAACAAAAUUGAUGACGACGAAAGACCCUGUUACCCAAGCAGGGUGGCUGAUGUUUGAUCAUCCGUGUACUGUGCGUGAAGCUCGAUGUCUGCAACAGGACGGCGUGCUUCCCACAGUGACCUUGGUGCUGAUGCCACCACCUCCGACCGCUCCGGUUGCUGAGGACCCACGAACACCAGCCAGGACUUUUUUUACACAGGACUUCGAAGGCUUAAAGUUUGCUUACAAAGCGACCUUAAAGGAAGUUCAUAUCGAAUCAGAGGAUGUUAUGGAACACAUAGUGACGAAGUGCGUGAACGCCAUAGCGGCGAGCGCGGCCGGAGCGCAGGGACCGGGGCAAGGCAUCCACGCGACCGGAGCGCCCGGCGUGUACCGCGUCAUACUCAUGGGGCCCCGCGGCUCGGGCAGGAAGACACAAGCAAUGGCUGCCGCUAAACAUUUUGGUCUGGUGUAUUUAAAUUUUGAAGAUUUAUUUAAUGAGGCCCUCGUAAAAAAAGACGACAUUGGUGAAAAACUUAGAAAGCACGGCACAAGUGUACAAUUGAAAGCUGAGGUAGUGAGACGCCGUAUAGCACAAAAGGUAAUGGACUUGAGUAGUUUUGUGAACCGUCAAAUGAGUUUAGCUUAUGUUUCAAACUUGUGGCAGGAUUGCAUAGACCACGGCUGGAUUUUCACCGGAUAUCCUUCUAAUGGCGUCGAUUUCGAGUAUUUAGACAACAUGCCGACUCCGCCGAAUCGCCAUAUUUUAACCAGUAUUAUAAUCUUGAACACUGAGCGGUCGGUAUGCAAGGCUCGCACUGAAAGCCGUGGAGUGGACUGGUGCACGGGCCGCGAGGCAGCGCUCGGUUCGGGGCCGCGGGUGCUGAAGCAGCGGGUGCCACUCAGAGCUUUAGAAGCAGAGGUAAGGCCGGAAAGAAUAUUCUUUUAUAUCAAAGGUGGCAAACGAGCAGACGGCCUCCUUGAUGGAAAGUAGUCACCGUCGCCGUGGACAGCUGCAUGAUAAGGAAUGUUGAGGAUGUGUUGCCGACCUUUGUUGUGGAAGAGGGUGAAGAGGAUGGGAAAUGAUAGGAAAAGUGCAGGAAGGAAUCGAUGUCAAUAUAUAAUGGAAUUUUAUAAUAAAAUCAAGGUGGAAAGUUUCAAGAUGUUCAUGCACAAAUUUUGUACAGAACUUGUACUUUUAUAAAGAAUGAACUUGACAUCUGUAUUAUUAAAUUAAGGAUGCAUGCUGAUAUUAAAAAAAAAAUACUUUCAAUCAAGGUCAUACUGUCUAUGCUUCAUCUAGAAUUAGCUUGAGAAAGUUAUCCGGCUUAACGUUUCUUGUACCU